AUGGCUUUCAGUAUCAUUGCCAGGUUACGUGGGCUAAAUGGUAAGUACACCUGGACGAGUCGUCACCUAAUGACCCUGGCGAAACUACCGGCCAAACAGCCUAAAAUUUACACCACGUUGUGUAGUCAAACCAUGAAUAGCACAAUCUUGGAGGCCAACCCUGACAAAUUAUUACCUGGUUCUGACAUGUUAACCUUUUCCCGAGGGUUGCUAUCAGAUAUCAUGACACCGGAGCAAGUACUGCCCACCCCGAAAUAUGUGGAUAAGCGAUCAAGUCGCACAGUACUGCCAUCGGAUUGGAGUUUGAUGGGAACAAAUGAAGGGGAGGAAAUUGGUCUUCAGGUUUGCUUGAUGGGCAACACGAGUUUGGGACAGGCUUACAUUUGGUUAAGUGCCAAUAAUGUGGCUACGUAUUUCGACUUCUCGUUAUCACCUGAGUGUUUUUCCAAAGGUCCCGGUUCCAACCACAAUAGACUGAUUUCUGUGUCGUCCUUUAUUUUUAAGUACUUUCAUAAAGAAGAACUUCAUCAACUCCUCCUCGUUCAGUGGUUCACAGCUUCAGAGAAAUGCUCUGGCUACACCCUUUCGGUGCCUAACUUCCGUACCACUAGAAUGAGUCAUGGGGGCUGGGAUACUGUCAGGUGGCCAAAGCCUCGACAGCAGAAGUCGGCAGGGGAAUUCGGGUUCGAACCGCGGACCUUCCAGUCCCCGUAUUAUGAAGAAAAGAAUAAAGGUGGACGGGGAAGGGAUUUGGUACUAGCUUACUACAAGGAUACACCUCCUGACACUCAUUCAGGCAAUCUGGAUAGAAACGGACAACACGAGGGAUAUUUGCAUAGAUUAUCAGCCACAUCUUGCAGCGUCUCCAGUCAGGCAAGUGGGGAUCACGCGGUCCCCGUUCUAGUCGGCGAAUAA